GUGAUGCUCCGACACUCACAUUGAUUGAAGAACAGUUAGCAAACGAAUUGAAUCUCCAAGGACCCCAACAAUCACUAAGCAUUCAAUGGACCAACAAUCAAGUCAAAGAACGAGAAGAUUCCAGAGUUGCCAGUCUCACAGAAGAAAGCAGUGCAGAACCUCAAGUAAGACAUGCAAGAACAAUGAAAGGCUUAUCACUACCUAUACAAACUGUGAAAACAGAUGCAUCUACAAAUGAAGCCGUUCAUUUUCAGCAGCGGCUACGGAACCUGGGUGCUGAUAUAGCAACGCUAAGGAAUCGGAUUCCGCUUGAAAGAACGUCACCGCCCCCCUUGAAGGGCGGCAUACCUGUUCCUGUUGUGGCUCAGCCUGCAACAACUCCAAAGGUUGUUUCUACCAAUAAUGCUCCUGCGGCACUGGUGUCCGUUACACAACAGCAAACGCAAUUACCCACCGCAGGAGCUGACUUGGAGGAUCUCAUUCACCUACAGGGUCCCCUCACGGAAGAUGCAGUCAUGAAAUGUUUGCAGGCACGAUUCCAAGCUUCCAAUUUUUACACCAACGUAGGACCAAUUCUCCUAUGUGUCAACCCUUACCGAGAUAUUGGAAAUCCUCUCACGUUGAGCAGUACCAGAGGCUUGGCCUUGAGUUUUCAACUGAACAGGGUUGUGCAAGAAGCUGUCCGGCAACAAUCUGAAACUGGAUACCCACAAGCAAUAAUUUUGUCGGUUUUCCUUUUCAAGGGACAAUUUAUAGAGGUGCAAGUGACCGACGGUGCUUUGUAUCGAACGAAGAUACAUUGUUACUUCUUGGAUCAAACUAGAGUAAUAAGGCCAUUACCAGGUGAAAAAAAUUACCAUAUAUUCUACCAGAUGUUGGCUGGACUUUCUACGGAAGAACGGACAAAGUUAAAUCUAGAAGGCCACAAGCCAACGACGUUGAGAUAUCUCCAACACGGGGAUACUAGGCAGGAUUUGGCAGAAGAUUCAACCAGGUUUCAAGCAUGGAAGAAAUGUCUAGGCAUCCUCGGCAUCCCCUUCCUAGACGUUGUGAGAGUUCUAGCAGCAGUCCUACUAUUGGGAAAUGUACACUUUCUAGAUGGAAAAGGUUUAGAAGUAGACGUCAAAGGCGAAUCGGAACUCAACGCUGUCGCAGGACUCCUUGGAGUUGCAGGUGGCGCCCUCUUCCGUGGUCUAACGUACCGCACCCACAAAGCAAGAGGACAACUCCUCAAAUCCGUGUGUGAUGCAAAUAUGUCUAACAUGACGAGAGACUGCCUCGCUAAAGCUCUGUAUUGCCGAACUGUAGCUACGAUAGUUCGUCGAGCGAAUAGCCUCAAACGGUUAGGUUCUACGCUAGGCACCCUGAGCUCGGACUCCAACGAAUCCGUGCACAAUCAAGCCGAAGUCACGAGCCAGCACGCGUCGACGAUAGGCGGCAGCACCAACGCGGGCAGCAAGUCCAUGGCAGCCUUGAACAAUGCCGUGAGGCACGCGACCGACGGAUUCAUCGGAAUUCUCGACAUGUUCGGCUUCGAGGACCCCAAACCCAGUCAACUUGAGCACUUAUGUAUCAACUUGUGCGCGGAAACCAUGCAGCACUUUUACAACACCCACAUCUUCAAAUCAAGCAUCGAAUCGUGUCGAGACGAAGGCAUAAACUGCGAGGUGGAGGUAGACUAUGUCGACAACGUGCCCUGCAUAGAUCUAGUGUCCUCCUUGCGCACCGGCUUACUAAGCAUGUUAGACGUUGAAUGCUCUAUAAGGGGUACGGUCGAAUCGUACGUGUCGAAAAUCAGAGUUCAGCACAAAAGCAACUCCAGAUUAUAUGACCCCAAGCCUAUGGACCCGAGGCUAUUUGGAAUUCAACACUUUGCCGGAAGAGUCAUCUAUGACGCUACAGAUUUCCUGGAUACUAACAGGGACGUCGUUCCGGAUGACCUGGUGGCCGUCUUCUACAAGCACAGCUGCAACUUCGGCUUCGCGACGCACUUGUUUGGAACUGAACUCAAAGCGCUUUACUCAGUCGAAACCGUUCCCCGCGGGCUGAGUUUCCGGAUAGCACCCACGUCUCAUACGGAGCUCGUCAAUGGAGAUGAGCCGGUAUCCACCCUCACGCAGGACUUUCACACCCGCCUGGAUAACUUGCUGAGGACCCUGGUCCACGCCCGACCACAUUUUGUGAGAUGCAUCUGUAGUAAUUCGCACGAGGUCCCUAACAGAUUUGAUCGCUGCACUGUGGUCCGGCAGAUUCGAUCCUUGCAGAUAUUGGAAACCGUUAACCUGAUGGCUGGAGGCUAUCCCCACAGAAUGCGCUUCAAAGCAUUCAACUCCAGAUAUCGCCUGCUAGCGCCAUUCGCGAAGUUGUUCAGAUCGGACGAAAAAGUGAACGAAGACUGCCUGUUGAUCCUUCAAUACGUUCUUGACUCUAUAUCUAAGCAGGUCACAACGGUAUCUACCAGCUACGCCCUGGGAAAGAGGCACAUAUUCCUCAGCGAAGGAAUUAGACAGCAUCUGGAGAAGAUGAGGUCUGACACUCGGCAGAAAGCUGCCACACUGAUACAGUCAACCUGGAGAGGGUGGCAUUGCAGGUACAGGCGGACGCUGCGGAAGGAGAAAACCACCAACCACCCUCAAGUGUCACGAACGGGUCUGGGUGGGGCGCGCCCGAGGCCGCAACCGAUCGCGGGCACCCCUCCUCCGGACCCCAAUGAGAAGUGCGAUGUGAAAAUCAUCCAGCAGACUUGUAAUUUGUUCGGGUUGGAUCUCGAAAGGCCUCCUCCUGUUCCCCCGAGCCGUUCCUAUACCGUUACCGGCAAUACAAAGCUGGGUUACCCACAAAGUAGAGUGAUGAAGAUGUCUUACCCUGAAGACGGAAAGGUGGAAGGUCAGGUGCUGAUCAAGGGAGAGACUGUACUAGUUGUAGGUGCCUCACAUCGCAGGGGUCAUUUGAUAGUUGAACAUAAAAGUUAUACUUUUCAUGUGCCGUUCCAGUUUCUCGAGUUGAAACAGAGUGUCAAUAUUUAAUCUUGCCAUUGUUUUUUUCAGUGAUGCUGACUUGACUGACGUGUUGUAUUAUAUUUUGAACAGUAGUGCAGCUGUGGGGUCGAUUGCUAUAGUUCGAAAUUUAUUUAUUUGUCAGAUGAUUUAAUUUGGCUGGUGGUGCCAUAUAUUUGUGAAAUGUUCUUUCAUGGAACUACUGAAAUCUGAUUUUCAUUGGGACUGGGGAAAAUUUGUUUAUGUGACACACUUUUGAGUUUCAUUUUGUUGAUGGAAAUUGAUAUUUAUGACGUAAAAAUUUGACACAAGUUGGUAAAGCUUGUUGUACUGAGAAUGAUCAUCAUCAUCCUUACAACUUCUCGCUUCUUCGAGCUCAAAAUUUUGAAAAUUAUUUGACGAAGUAACGUUGAUGGAAAUUUGUAAAAGACAAUAUCUAUUAAACGCAUCGAUUUUCGCCCGCCUACCCUUUUUCAAAAUUUUUAUUUUUUUUGCGGGAAAUUGAAAAUUCAAAUUUCAUAAAGAAAAAUUAAGGAGCCCAUCGCAUUCUCUUUUUCUUUUUUAUAGUCAAAAAAUGGGACCUCCACUCCUUGGUUGCCCCAGGGCAUCCAGACUUCCAAAUCCAGCCCUGUGUUCAAGUCUAUAAUGCUCGAUAUGUUUUUCAGGUUUCAAGUUGUAAUAUUCUGCUCACAUCGCUUUUUUUUCCAUAGAACGAAUACAAUUUUUCAGUAUUAUAUGAAAACUAUAUUAUUGUGAUAGCCUAACCCUAUACCCCAAGUUGAACUUGAAUAUUCCAUUUUACAUUGAAUAGCUGAUAUGUUGUUUUACGCUUCCUUAGUUCAAAAAAUAUUAUUUUUAACUAUUAUUUCGGAUAUUUUAGAAUAUAUAUUUGAUAUGUACAAAUUAAAAGUUAUUUUCUGAGAGCUGAAAGAAUAUAUAAUACGAUUUUC